AUGAAAUCAAAGUUAACAGCCAUCAAUUCCGAACUGUCACAUUUACGAACAUGUAUUUCAAAACUUGUAUCCUUUUUACUUGGAGCGAUAGUAACAUCAGGGUUUUUCAACCGACCAACAUUUUUGGUGUUUGCAGUCGUACCAGUUAUAUAUUGGGUGUGCUCUGCAACUAAGCGUGAUCAGUACGGACGAUGGUUUGGGGUGCCUUUAACUGGCAUUGUAUUCUACUUCAGCUCUGGUGCUUUGUUGACCUUUGUUACAUUUGCUCUGCUAGAUACUGUGUACUUCAAUCAUGAUUUCACAACAGUGGCAGCCAAAUCAUGGAAGUCUUGUAUUGAAGAUAGUUUCUCCAUGAAUUCUGUACAAAAUGGUAUUCAGGAGCUUCUGUCGUCUCUUGUGGUGACACCAUGGAAUUUCAUCAAGUACAAUACAGAUUCAAACAACUUGGCCCAUCAUGGCCUUCACCCUUGGUUUACCCAUCUUGUGGUCAACCUGCCCCUACUUCUGGGUCCACUGUACAUUCCAUUUAUAAUAGCAUGUGUUAUUGGAGCAACACAGCUGCUACAGUCGGACAGAGAGACAACCAAAGGCAGCCUGACUUGGCUGAGCCUCAUGGCUUUAGUGCCAAUAUUGAGUCUGUCGAUGUUUCCUCACCAGGAGCCACGCUUUCUAAUCCCAGUCUUGCCAGUCUUUGUGGUCAUGGGAGCUAAAUUAGUUUCUGCAACGAUGCCAGGAAAGCUGUCAUUUUUUGCCCUGUGGGUGGUAUUUAACAUCCUGAUGACCCUGGUCUAUGGCUACAUGCACCAGGCAGCGUUGAUCCCCGCUUUGUCCAUCUACCAGCAAAAGUUAUCUUCAUCUUCACAGUUGUCAAAGAGCUACCAUGCCAUCUUUUACAAGACCUACCCACCUCCCCGGCAUCUGCUUCUCCUGCAAACAAACAACACACAAGCUUCAGUAUAUGAACUAGCCGGAGCACCAUUAGACACAUUUCUGCAGACACUCAGACAGGUGCAAACUGGCUGCAGUACAUCUAAAUCCAAGUGCCAGAUAAACAUAUUUUUACCAUCCACUGUGACACCUGCAGUGCUGAAACAUUUACCUGAGAAAACCGACGUAACUAGCAUCUGUCCACACCUAACCAUGGAAGAUCCUCCCAGAUUGCGGGCCUGGUGGAAGAGACGGCUGAGCUUUCAAGAUUUUAUCAUGGAUUUUUGUCUCAACAUCCUCACCGUGAAAUGA